AUGUUGUUCGCUCCUAGUGGGCCUCAGGGCCCCCGACGUCGCAGUCGGAUGAAAGCUAUCUUCCUUACCAUCUUCAUCGUUAUCGCCCUGUACCUUUUAUUCUUUUCAACAACGAAAUCCCCCGUGAAGAUCGAAACAGGCAGCUAUGCGCAGAUACAUGAACAUGAAUCGACAAAACAACCAGACGAGCUGGCUCGUCCUUCUGUACCGAGACCCAAGGAUAUGGUCGUCGCCAGCAUGAAAAGCGAUGACACGUCAUGGCUGUCAGAAUACUUCCCCGACUGGACGAAAAGUAUCUACGUGGUGGAUGACAAGCACGCGCCGUUGACGGUGACGCGCAACAAAGGGCGGGAGUCGAUGGUGUAUUUGACAUACAUCAUCGACAAUUACGAUAAUCUACCAGACACAAUGCUCUUCAUCCACUCGAAACGCUACCAAUGGCACAACGACGACCCAUACUACGACGGCAUCCCACCACUCCGAAACUUCCAGAUUCCAUACCUACAAGAGCAAGGAUACGUCAACCUACGAUGUGUUUGGACCCUCGGGUGCCCGGUAGAAAUCCGUCCCCUCACCGAUACGCAUCGCAGCAACGUACAUGCCGGCGAAUACUUCAAGAAUGGAUUCAUGGAGCUAUUCCCUGGGAUACCAAUCCCCGAGGAGGUAGGCGUGUCUUGUUGCGCGCAAUUUGCUGUGUCUCGCGCCAAGGUGCUGGAACGGCCGCGCAGUGACUACGAGCGCUUCCGCACUUGGCUGGCGGACACGCCGCUAGAAGAUGAUUUGAGUGGACGAAUUAUGGAAUAUUCAUGGCAUAUGAUAUUUGGAAAGGACCCUAUGCAUUGCCCCAAUGCGAAGGAAUGUUAUUGCAAAGUGUUUGGACUGUGCAAUCUAACCUGCCCAUGGGAAGGUGGCUGUGAUGACCGCUAUUCCCUGCCACCAUUCUCCUCGCUGCCCAAGGGGUGGCCGGAUAUUGGAUGGAAGGGCCAAGCACAAGACACUUCACAUGGAUUGCCGGAAACUUGA